AUGGAUGGCCUGCAGGAGAUCGUGCGUAACGCCUCCGUCGAUCCAACCUGGGUCAAACUCCGGGAGGAGAUCAAGGACUCAGAUGGCAUCCCCAUGGAGCUGAUUGCUGAGCAGAAGCAUGGCAGGUUCAUGUGCGACAGAUGCGGCAAGGAUCAUCUACGCUCCACAGACGGUACAUGGAUCUCGGACGAUGCACGCCUGAUGGUAGCGCAGAACCGGCCCCAGGCCUACCUCGACGGUACAAAUAUGGGAUGGCACUGCGAGAUCUGCUGUAUCCGACACCUGGAGGAAGAGGGCAUCCCAGCACCAACUGGUGCAACAGUCGCGGAUAAGGUCAAGGAGUACGAACAUUGGAGGUGGCGCAAGUGA